AUGGAUCCAACUUACUACGUCUUCCCCAUCCCGCCCGUUGCUGCUGGCCUACCCACUUCUGUUGCUACUGGACAUCCGGCCUAUGUGCAAGCUGGCCCACCUACAUCUUUUGCUGCUGGCCAUCCGGCCUAUGUGUCUGCUGGCCCACCCACUUCUGUUGCAGCCAGCCAUCCGGACUAUGUACCUGCUGACCCAUUGACUUCCCUCGAUACUGGCCACCCAGGUUUUGCACCUGCUCGCCCACCGACCUCCGUUGCUGCCGGCCAACCGGCCUCUGUCCCUGCCAGCCCACCGACUUCUGUCGCUGCUUGCCACCCGGCCUAUGUUCCUGCUGGCCAUCCGGCCUAUGUUCCGCCUGGUGGCCCACCCCUUUCUAUUGCUGCCAGCUAUCUGGCCUAUGUACCUGCUGGCCCACUGACUUCUGUUGCUGCCGGCCAUCCGACCUAUGUACCUGCUGGCCCACCGACUUCGUCGCUGCUGGCAACCCGGCCUAUGCCCACCAACUUCCGUCGCUGCUGGCCACCGGCCUAUUUACCUGCUGGCCCACCGACUUCCGUCGCUGCUGGCCACCCGGCCUACGUACCUGCUGGCCCACCGACUUCCGUCACUGCUGGCCACCUGGCCUAUGUACCUACUGUUCCACCUACUUCCGUUGCUGCUGGCCACCCGACCUAUAUACCUGCUGGCCCACCGACUUCCGUCGCUGCUGGCCACCCGGCCUACGUACCUGCUGGCCCACCGACUUCCGUCACUGCUGGCCACCUGGCCUAUGUACCUUCUGGUCCACCUACUUCCGUUGCUGCUGGCCACCUGACCUAUGUACCUGCUGGCCCACCGACUUCCGUCGCUGCUGGCCACCCGGCCUAUGUACCUUCUGGCCCACCGACUUCCGUCGCUGCUGGCCACCCGGCCUAUGUACCUGUUGGCCCAACGACUUUACCUGCUUCUAGCUACCCGGCCUCCGACCUUACUGGACAUUCGGCUCAUGUACCUGCUAGUAUUCCGCUCUCAGCUACAGCCGACCAUUCAUCCUUUGUCCUCGCCGGCCAUUCGGUCUAUGCUCCUGUUGGCAUCCCGCCCACAGCCAUUCGACUCUAG